UAAUCUAUUCACCAACUAACGGACUGGUGAAUUAUUUCGCGCUUAGAUUCUAAUAAUCCAUUGGCUUUUGACAGAGAUGAGGUGCAGAGUGCACACUUGUAGAUUUGCCGACUUAAGUUUGGUGUAGAGAUAAGUGGAGUAUCUGCAGGACUUUUUCAAAUAGAAAUUUUAUCAUCUGCUCUCUGAGGUAAGCACAACUCUAACCUGUUCCAGUUUAUUGAAGGUGCAUUACAAAAUGAAGUUACAUGAGUGGGAGAGUUUGUUACCACAAUGGCUUGGAAAACCAGAGUUGCAGUGGUUUCAGUGGACUUAUGCUCUCUGGCAGAUAAUACGCUGCAAUCCACUCGCUCUCUUUGCAUUAUCCUAUUUGCCCUUUUGCCUUUGUCAAAUGUACAAGAAGAAAACAGUAGUAGUUCUGGGUGACACUACAGAUUAUCUUCUUCCAUACCCAGAAAGAGAGACCCAUUUGCGCAAUAAUGCUCACCGACUAGAAAACCUUGAGAUAUUAUGGGACAGAAGUUCUGGAGGCUGGUUUUAUGUGGUAAAGUAUUCUGGGCAUUAUUACUUCACAAAUCAGAAUAGCCUAUGUCAAUUGGCAAGAUGUGCUGAAAAACACGGUGAUAUCAAAGAAAACGUAAUAUUUGUUGAAAGGCUUCUCACAGUAACAGGCUCAUGGGCAGUCGGCAUGAAGAUAUCUCACACAGAGGCUUAUGAAAAGGUGUUCACAAAGCGUUAUCACUUUAGUAGAGGCGCUGAUGUUGUUCUCCCAACCAUCUUUGAUUACGUUGACUUGAGCAGCAAGAUCUGGGGGGUUUUGAGUACAAUUCCUAUACUGCUUCAGGCUAGAAAUUACAACAGGUUUUCGAAUUUAUUCAGUCUUUUGGUUAUUCUGUUAGAUUACAGUAGACAUACUUUGUAUAAGUUCUACGACAAAAUUUUCAUGAAAAUUACCGACUUUGUCAAACUCAACCUCUUCAAGGAACGGCAAGGCUUGUAUGACUUCUUCUCCAUAUUCAGUAAGCGCUGGAGAUACACUGACACUGUUAAAAGACAUGCUUAUGUCGCACAAAUUGACGAAAAGUUAAAAAUAAGGCCCUACUGUAAGCUGGAAGGUGUGGAUGACUUACAAGUUGAAAGAUGGGAUGAGUACGGUGGUGAUCCUAAUGAUCAGAACAUAUGCAUGGAGAUAGUCGAUGGUAGAGCUUCUGUCAGCCUUAUGCAAUAUUUCAUGCCAUAUGCAGAUGCAAUUUUACACAAGAAAGUGCUCGCUAGCCAUGGGGAACUCAAUUUGGGGCUUUUUUUUUUUUUUUUUCUGCAAUACGUAGCCCUGCCUGCAAAAUCAAGAAAACAUUUCCCAAAGUUUUCCAAAGAAAGUUCACAAGAUCCAAGCAGUCACAUCCGAGCAUUCACUGUUGCCUCUGGUUGUGCUUGUUGA